AUGCCAAUGGAAACUCAUCAACAAAUUGAUAGUAAUAUCAGUUUGAUUGAAGAUUCCACAAUGGAGCUGCUAGAUAAUUUGUUCCCAGCCAUUAGAAGAAAUUUUGAAGGUGGAGUCGGUCCAUCUGAUCAGCCUGCUCAGGAAGAAGAUUUUGUUGAUGAUCAGGAAGAAGAUUUUGUUGAUGAUCAGCCUGCUCAAGAAGAAGAUUAUGUUGAUGAUCAGCCUGCUCAGGAAGAUUCUGCUAAUAAUUCUGAGGAAAAAAGAGCGUUUGAUGAGUUGCUUUCAGAUGCCAAUGAAGAGCUUUAUGAAGGAUCAGCAUUCUCGAAGCUUUCUUUUAUGCUUAAGCUAUAUCACAUCAAGGUUAUCUCUAGAGUUAGUGAUAAAGGGAUGUCCAUGAUUAUUGAUCUUCUUAAAGAAGCAUUCAAACAUGCAAAGCUGCCAGAUUCGUUCUACGAUUUGAAGAAAACAAUCAGUAAGCUCGGGUUGGAUUAUGAAUCAAUACAUGCUUGUCCAAACGACUGCAUGUUGUAUUGGGGAGAAGAUACUGAUCACGAUGUCUGCAAAAUCUGUGAAACGUCAAGAUGGAAAACCAAAAAUGGAGAAAGUGAGGAGGGUUCAAGAAAGAAAAGAAGGCAAGCUGCAAAGAUUCUACGGUACUUUCCACUGAAGCCACGUCUAAAGAGGUUAUUCAUGUCAUCAAAAACUGCAUCAAGUAUGAAAUGGCAUGUUUCUCAAGAAAACAAGGAUGGAAAAAUGCGACAUCCGAGAGAUGGUCUAGCUUGGAAAUCAUUUGAUCAGAGGUUCCCUGGUUUUGCAUCAGAACCUAGAAAUGUUCGACUUGGUUUAGCCACUGAUGGUUUCAACCCCUACGGUUCUAUGAGCACAAAGUAUAGUAUAUGGCCAGUUCUCUUAUUUCCAUACAAUCUCCCUCCUUGGAUGGCAAUGAAGCAGUCUUCAAUGAUUUUGUCGAUGAUCAUUCCAGGAAAACAAAUGCCUGGAAAUGAUAUUGAUAUCUACUUGCAACCUUUGAUAAAAGAACUCAAGGAAUUGUGGUCUGAUGGUGUUCAAACUUUUGAUGCUUCAGAAAACAAAACGUUUUCCAUGCGUGCAGCUUUGAUGUGGACUAUAAGUGACUUUCCAGGGUUUGGAAAUCUCUCUGGCUGGAAUACAUAUACAGGUCUUGCUUGUCCAUCGUGUAACUAUGAUGCUACUGAGCUACGUCUACAACAUGGUAAAAAGAAUUGCUUCAUGGGUCACAGACGGUUUCUUGGGUCUGAUCACAAGUUUCGAUAUGAUAAGCAGCAUUUUGAUGGUAGUGAAGAGCUUAGAAACCCUCCAAUUACACCAUCGGGCUCAACAAUCUUGCAGCAAGUAGAAAGUGUUGAUGUUAUUUUCGGGAAACCAACAGAGAUUAGCAAAAGGAAACGAGAUCGUGCUGAAAGUAUGAGAGAAGGAAGCAGCAGACAACAAUGGAGAAAGAAGAGUAUCUUUUUUGAAUUACCGUAUUGGGAACAUUCAUUGCUAAGACAUAACUUAGAUGUUAUGCACAUAGAGAAAAAUGUCUUCGACAAUGUGGUUUUGACAUUAUUAGAUGAUAAACAAAAAUCCAAGGACAAUCUUAAGGCAAGGAAAGAUCUACGGGAGUUAGGUAUUCGUUCUGAAUUAUGGCCAGACAACAAUGGGAAGUAUCCUCCAGCAUCAUUCAAGCUAACCAAUAGUGAGAAAGAUACCUUUCUCAGUAUCUUAAAGAGUGCAAGACUCCCAGAUGGAUACUCUUCAAAUUUCUCAAGAUGUAUUGAUGAGAAGCAACAUUCAGAAAGAAAUGUAACCGAGGAACGACUUAAUGCCCAAGAUAUAUGGGGAAUGGAGAAUCGUAAAGUCAUUCUUGAGUUUGGGCCAUAUGAUCAACCUAAAGGAGGAAGUGGAGACUGGAGGAAAGUACAGUCAUGGAGAAAGGAUGAUGUAUGGGAUUACAUUCAGACUAAGUUUGAUUUUGAUGCCUCAAUCAAUGGAAAGAAGUUUAUCAUGAAAAGUCGGAAUCAAAAAUGCAAAGGCCUAAAAACACGUCGGUGGCGUUCUUGUCGUCGCAAUACUCGUGAUGAAUCUAUGGAAGCUAGACCAGAUUUUAUUCCAAAAGAGCAGUGGCAAGACUUUGUGCAUUUGCAAUCCACAGAAAGAGCUAAGGAAAAACUUGCUCAUACAAGGACUCUAAAUACAGGAAUCGAUGAAUUCUCUCAAGUAUUUGGAGCUGAACGUCCUGGAAGUGUUCGGUGUGUUGGUCUUGGUCCUACUCCUUCCACCUUUUUCAAGAAUCGGCCUACAACAACAACAGAGAAAACAGAAGUUGCUUGCUUGAGGAACAAAGUCAAUUAUCUUGAAGAGGAACUGGAAAAGUUGCGUGAUGUGAAAAGGAGUUACAACCAAAAGAGUGAAGACUGUCCAGACGGCUCUAUCGAGAAUCAGCGCCCAACCGCGCAGUCCGGCUGGCCGAGGAACGAAUGUUCCGCGCUCGGCCAAAUCUCGUCCGUCCGUCUGAAGUCUCGGCCAAAGUCCAAAACCGUCGGCCGCACGCAAGUCACGACCCGGGAAACAUUGCCCGCGGUCGGCCACGCCACGCCACGACCGCGCACGACCAAAGCGCGCGAGCCGGGAAACGCCUCGCGGCCGCGCAACUCAUCCGCGUACCACGGCCGAUGCAUCCGUCCGAGCCGGGAAAACGUCCCACGUCCGGCCGAGAUUUCAUCGGCCAAAUUCACCGCCGACCACGCCGGCCGACCACGAUCCGUCCGACCCCGACCGUUCCGACUCGGCCACAUACCCGAUUGUCCGGCCGAUCGUCCCGCACGACCGUCCCAACGCCGCGGUCGACCCGAAGCCCUUUUUGAAGCCCAAACUUAUGUUUUCAAGCCCGGCUUAACCCUAGCCGCCUCUAGAAAGACCUAG